GAAUGGUGGUGUUGAGAUUCUCCCUGCCAAGUUGAGGGCCGAGAUGUGGGGAUGGGAAGUUCGGAGUCUGUUGGAUGAGAGGUGGAAGUUGUAUAAGAGAGGCUUCGUUUUUCGAGGUGUUGGGAAGGCCAAGAUAUUCAUCUUCUCUACAUUCUUUCUAUCAGAGCUUUCAUACAAGCGUUACAUUCGUUUCUAUCCUUCUAGUACUAUACUUUUUUGAUCAUCCAAGAUGGUUCAUAUUUCUGCCCUUCUGGGCCUUUUGGCUACCAGUGCCAUGGUUGCUGCUGCUCCAGCCGCCAUGCCAACUCCUACCGCUGCUCCCGAUCUUGCUAAAAGAGCAUCUUGUACUUUCUCUGGUUCCAGUGGUGCCGCUGCUGCCAGCAAGUCGAAGACUUCUUGCGCUACUAUUGUUCUGUCGAGUGUUGCUGUGCCAUCUGGUACCACUCUCGACUUAACCGGAUUAAAGUCCGGCACGAAGGUCAUCUUCGAAGGCACCACCACCUUCGGCUACGAAGAAUGGUCCGGCCCUCUCAUCUCCGUCUCCGGCACCUCCAUAACCGUCGAGGGCGCCUCCGGCAACGUUAUCGACGGCGGCGGAGCCCGCUGGUGGGACGGCGAGGGUUCCAACGGCGGGAAAACCAAGCCCAAGUUCUUCUACGCUCACUCGCUCACCAAAUCCUCCAUCACGGGCCUCAAUUUCAAGAACUCGCCUGUGCAACUCAUGUCCAUUAACAGCGCCACUACUUUGGCCGUAACGAAUAUCAACAUGGAUAACUCUGCCGGCGCUUCUCUUGGCCAUAAUACCGAUGCUUUCGAUGUCGGUUCGUCGACUGGUGUUACGAUCACUAAUGCCAAUAUCCAGAACCAGGAUGAUUGUCUAGCUAUCAACUCUGGUACCUCCAUUACCUUCACGGGUGGAACUUGUUCGGGCGGUCACGGCCUCUCUAUCGGCUCCGUCGGCGGGCGAUCCGACAACGUCGUCAAAACAAUCAACAUCCUCUCCUCGACAAUCAAAAACUCCCAAAACGGCGUCCGCAUCAAGACCGUCUACGGCGCCACCGGCUCCGUCUCCGACGUCGUCUACAAAGACAUCACCUUGUCCGGCAUCACGAAAUACGGCAUCGUGAUCGAGCAGGACUACGAGAACGGGUCCCCGACCGGCACGCCGACGACGGGCGUCCCGAUCACCGGGUUGACGGUCAGUGGGGUGACGGGCUCGGUGGCGAGUAGUGCGACGAAUGUGUAUAUUCUUUGUGGGAAGGGGGCUUGUUCUGGGUGGACGUGGACGGGGAAUAAGGUUACUGGGGGGAAGACGAGUUCGAAGUGUGAGAAUGUGCCGAGUGGGGCUUCGUGCUAGAUUUUUUGGGUGGGGAUGGAGAUGGAGGGUGAAAGGAGGAAAGGAGAGGGAAGGGCAUUUGUGACUUCUUUGUGUUGUAUAUCUUUCUGGCUCCAAGCGGGAUAAUUGGAAUGGGUACUGUGUACGUGUUUAACAUCAAUCAUAGCAUAUUACUACGAGGUUUACCUCUCAGUCUUUUUCUG